CAUGAUGUUGGAAUAUAUUGCUGGUCUUUCUUAUUGGAAUCUGGUCUGAGUUAAGCUGGUCUUUCAGAGCUCGUUACAGGUACUGACAGAGCAGAGAAAGGCUGAGACCACAGAUCAUCGCCGUGUUCGGUGCCUUCACACAUUUUAAUUUUCCUUUUUUAAGAAAAUCUCUUCUGUGCUGAAGUUACUGAGAGAGAGAGGUGCUGCCGAUCGCUAUGGUCAUUCUGAGAGUGGGCGAUCAUGUGUGGCUCCAGACGAACAGGGGAGAGUUCAGUGUGCCUAUUGGGGCAGAGGUGAAGCGGACCGACUCCAGCAAGAUCCUGUUGCUGGAUGAUGACGGCAAGGAGCUGUGGAUCGGCGCAGCGGACAAACACCGAGUAGAGCUGAUGCACCCCAGCUUGCUGACGGAAGUGGACGACAUGAUCCAAAUUGAGGACCUGAAGGAAGCUGGGAUGUUGCGGAACCUCUUCAUCCGAUAUCGGAAGAAUGUCAUUUACACCUACACCGGCUCCAUCCUGGUGGCUCUGAACCCUUACCAGCAGCUCCCAAUUUACAACAUGGAGCAGAUCAGCCUGUACACCAACAGGCGGAUUGGAGAGCUGCCACCCCACAUCUUCGCCAUCGCCGAUAACUGCUAUUUCAACAUGAAGAAGACCAACAAGGACCAGUGCUGCAUCAUCAGCGGAGAGUCGGGGGCAGGGAAGACAGAAAGCACAAAGCUGAUCCUGAAAUUCCUGGCUGCAAUCAGUGGACGGCACCAAUGGAUCGAACAGCAGGUCCUGGAGGCAAACCCGAUUCUGGAGGCCUUUGGAAAUGCGAAAACUGUGAAAAAUGACAACUCGAGUCGCUUUGGGAAGUACAUUGACAUUUUCUUCAGUGGAGACGGGAUGAUAGAAGGGGCAAAGAUUGAGCAGUACUUGCUUGAGAAAUCCCGAGUGUGUCAACAGGCUCCAGAUGAGAGGAACUACCACAUAUUCUACAGUCUGCUGGUGGGCAUGAACACGGAGAAGAAGAAACUCCUCAGUUUGGGCACGGCACAUGAAUUUGACUAUCUCACCAUGGGUAACUGUACAAGCUGUGUUGGGCAAGAUGAUGCAGAACAUUACGCUGAUAUUUGCUCAGCUAUGAAAAUCCUGACGUUUUCAGAUAAAGACCAAUGGGAAAUUAACAAACUACUGGCUGCAAUUCUGCACCUGGGUAACCUUAAGUUUCAAGCUACAGUCUCUGAUAACUUGGAUUGCUGCGAGCUUUUGCCUUCAAAUCACCUCUCCAUGGUAACCAAGUUACUUGAGGUAGACCUCGUGGAACUGGAGAAUGGAAUGACCAACAGAUCCAUCUUAAUCCGGGGGGAAAGUGUGUCAACCCCAAUGAGUAAGGCAUGGGCAGCCAGUAACCGUGACGCACUCGCCAAGGCAAUUUACAGCCAUCUCUUUGUGUGGAUUGUGAAUAAAGUUAACACUGUGAUCUACACACACCCCGCCAGUAAUUCAGGAAAGGUCUCUUCAAUUGGUCUCCUUGACAUCUUUGGCUUUGAGAACUUUGACGUAAACAGUUUCGAGCAGCUGUGCAUUAACUUUGCCAAUGAGCAGUUACAACAGUUCUUUGUGAGGCACAUUUUCAAGGAGGAACAGGCAGAAUACAAACAGGAGAAUAUAGUCUGUCAACACAUUGAAUAUGUUGACAACCAAAAGGCACUGGACGUUCUCAGCAUCAAACCAAUGAAUAUCAUCUCACUCAUUGAUGAAGAAAGCAAGUUGCCAAAGGGCACUGAUAGGACGAUGUUAAACAAGCUGAAUAAUCACCAUAGCAAUAGUAGAAUCUACCUUCCACCCAAGAGCUCCCACGACACCAAGUUUGGCAUUGCACACUUUGCUGGAGUGGUCUACUACAACUCGAAUGGCUUCCUCGAGAAGAACAGGGAUGAUCUGAGCUCCAGCAUCAUCCAGAUGGUGCAGUCUUCCAGCAACACCUUCCUCAAACAAAUCUUCCAGAGCAGCUCCGGGUCAGCUUCAGGAAAGAAGACCAACCAUCUUCUCGUUCCCUACGGAGGAUCCAUCAAGAUUGCUGGUGAUGCUUCCCGAGGAUCUAUCCUGCAGACGACUGACGGCCACAGGCGCCUGACGACACUCUGCAGCCAGUUCAGGCAGUCUCUGGACAAUCUAAUGAGAACUCUCAGAGUUAGUCAGCCCUUCUUCAUUCGCUGCAUCAAGCCCAAUAAAGACAAAAAACCUCUGCUGUUUGAUCGGGAGUUAUGCAUUAAACAGUUACGAUAUUCUGGAAUGGGAGAGACUAUUCAUAUCCGCAAGUCAGGUUAUCCCAUUCGCUUCACCUUCUCAGAUUUUAUAGAGAAGUACAAGGUUACAGUGAGGUCAGCGCUGUGGAAAGGCACAGAGGACAACGUCCAGAGCUGCUGCAGACAGAUUGCUGAGUCGGUGAUUGGAAUCGAUGGAGGUUGGAAGAUUGGGAAGACAAAGAUCUUUCUUAAGGAGAGCGAGCACCUGACCUUGGAACUUGAGCAAGAUAGAAUCUUGACAGCAAAGGUCCUGAUGAUUCAGAAAGUCCUACGUGCUUACAAAGACAGGAGAAAAUUCUUGAGAGUGAGGGCUGCAGCUCUGAAGAUUCAGAGUCACUGGAGAGGACACCAGUGUUGCAGGAAGUACAAAUUGAUGAGACAAGGAUUUGAAAGAUUACAGGCUCUCUAUCACUCACGGAGAGUGGCCAAGCAGUACCAAGACACCCGCCAGCUGGUGAGCCUGUUCCAGGCACGGUGCCACGGUUACCUGGCACGACUGAACCACCGCAAGCGGCUGGAAGCUCUGAUCAUCAUCCAGGCCUACACGAGGGGGAUGUUGGUUCGGAGAAACCAUUCGAGAAAGAGGAAAGAAGUCAUUCACGGUGUUGGGAUGGGGAUGCUCGGCGGUGCAGGCAAACGACAGCGCGUGAAGUUAGUUGGUGUUGCAGUGGGAGAUGAAGAGAUGGACACAAAAUCAUCGGCGAGGAUGUCCAAGCAGGACAUGGCGAAUGAGAAGAGGCAGAGAGAAAGGUUCUUGAGGGAACAGCAGGAGGAAGAGAAGGCUGAGACCCUCAGAGACCUAGAGAUGGUGGACGACAUCUUCAGCUUCCUGCCAACUGUGCUGGCAUGCCCAGACAAAGGAGGUCCUCUAGGAUUUGAGGACCUGGUGGUGAAUCAGCAGAAAUUGGAGGAGUUCGAUUUAGAUGAUACCUCUCUGUCCUCUGAUUCUGGUGAGGAGGACGAUCUGGACCAAUACACCUUCGCAAAAUACGCUGCCACUUACUUCCAGGGGUCUUCUACUCCCACUCAUAUCCGACGGCCUCUCCGACAUCCUCUGCUCUUCCAUGACAACCAAGUCGACAUCCUGGCUUCCCUGGCCGUAUGGAAUAUUAUCCUGAGGUUCAUGGGUGAUCUCCCAGAGCCCAAGACAUUUGCAAAGGCCUCAGAAAAGACAAAGGACUCCAUCAUGACACAGAUAUAUGACUCCCUUGGUAGAAAGUCCAAGGUUUACAAAACUACAAACCAGACCACAGACGAGGGUUAUGCUGGAGAGGGAAUGCUGUUGGAUGAGAAUCCUGUCUCGGACAGACCAAUGUCAAACCUGGAAAAGCUUCACUUCAUUAUUGGUAAUGCCAUUGCCAGACCCAGCAUCAGAGAUGAGAUUUACUGUCAGAUCUGUAAGCAGCUGUCAGAGUGUUACAACAAGAAUGUCUAUGCCAGAGGCUGGAUACUCAUGUCCCUGUGUGUUGGCUGUUUUCCACCCUCAGAGGUCUUUAUGAAGUAUCUGCGUAACUUCCUUCGAUCUGGACCAGUGGGGUAUGCGCCAUUCUGCGAGGAGCGGCUGGGGCGGACGGCAGUCAACGGAGCUCGGACAGAGCCACCGAGCUACCUGGAGCUGGAGGCAUCCAAGACAAAGCAACCGAUGAAGGUGACUGUGAUGCUGAUGAGCACAUUGAGCUACUCCAUCUGCAUUGACUCUGCUACCACAGCCAAUGAGUUGUGUAAGACCCUUGCUAGCAAAAUCGGACUGACUGACUCCUUCGGCUUCUCCAUCUACAUCGCUAUGUACCAGAAGGUCUCGUCUCUCGGGAGUGGUUCCGAUCACAUUAUGGAUGCCAUAUCGCAGUGUGAGCAGUACGUGAAAAGGCAAGGUGGGCAGGAGCGCCACGCAGCCUGGCGCCUGCUCUUCCGCAAGGAGAUCUUCACGCCCUGGCACAACUGCAACGAGGACCCAGUCAGCACAGACCUCAUCUACCAGCAGAUCCUUCGCGGCAUUCGGUUUGGAGAAUAUCUAUUUGAAAAGGAGGAAGAGCUGGUGGAGAUCGCUGCCAAACAUUACUACACAAGGUUUGGAGUGGGUGCUGAGGCUGAGGAGGGGCUGGAGGUUGUCCGAACUUGUAUCUCCACCAAACUCUUACAGAACAGAUCCCCAGAGGAAUGGAGUCAACAGAUCACGGAAUCAGUGAAGAGGUUGUUCAGCACCGAGAAACCGGACCCUUUCUCUCUCAAGGCCCAGCUGGUAGACCUUGUCCGCAUGAAGUGGCCCUUGCUGUUCUCCAGGUUUUUUGAAGCUGCAAAGUUUUCAGGGCCCACCCACGUCCCAAACAAGCUGGUGGUUGCUGUCAACUGGCUUGGCCUCAGCCUUGUGGACAAGACUGAGAGAGUCCUGUGGAAACGUUCCUUCCCGGAGAUCACCGGAGUGAAUACAAACAGAGCUUCGAAGCUGUUUGGGCAAAGUGUGACUGUGAGCACCCUGCAGGGUGAGGAGUGUACCCUCACAUCUGGGCACGCUGCCGACAUCGCUGAUUUGCUCAUGAUGUUUCUCAACGGUCUGAAGGUGAGGUCGGAGUAUGCGGUGGCACUGCUCAACAGUCCCAAACAAGAUGACCCCAUCUUCCUAAAAUUUGAAAAGGGAGAUUUGAUCAAGCUGUUGAAAACUGAGGAGAAUACUCAGAUUCAAGAUCACAGCUGGGUUCAGGGGUUGAAUGAGCGUACGAGACAGAGGGGAAGUAUUUUCCUGGCGUCUGUCUACAUCAUUCCUAUCCUCGAGAAACCUUCAACAGAUGUGCUGGGUUUGAUCCACAUGUCUCCUGACCAGCGGCGCCAGGCCACACAGACUAACCCUCCAGAUGAAGUGGAGGCCAAGCUCUACACGCUCGAGGAGUUCUCCUACCACUACUUCAGGUCCCCAGGUAAAGAGUCGAUGAGCCGAGCGGUGUUUGCAAAGGCUCGUGUGAAGGACCGGAUCUGGGCCUGUUCCAAGGAGCCACUGAGAUUGCCUUUGCUGAAGAAAGUCUGUGCCAAUCCAGAGAUGGUGCAAGUGGCAUGCCAAAGCUUCACCGCUAUAAUGAAGUAUAUGGGUGAUUAUCCAGGUAAGCUGUCCAAGGCUGGCACUCAGCUUACUGACCAGAUAUUUUCUGGAGCACUGCGGGAGGAGGCACUACAGGACGAAGUCUACUGUCAGAUCUUGAAGCAGUUAACUGGCAACCAGAACAGGUACAGCAUGGACAGUGGUUGGCAGCUGCUCUGGCUCUGCACUGGGCUCUUCCCUCCCAGCAGCACGCUCUUCCCUCACGUCAGGAAGUUCCUUGAGAAUCGGCCAAAGGAGCGACUGUCGGCAGAGUGUAUUCAGAGACUAACAAAGACUAAACGAUAUGGAGCUCGGAAGAACCCGCCACAUGCGAUGGAGGUAGAGGCCAUCCAAUGCUGGAACACCAAGAUCCUGCACACAAUCUUCUUCCCCAACGACACCAACCAGGCCUUCGAGGUCCACACCAGCACCAAAGCAAAGGCCCUGUGUGAGACCAUCGCCAAAGAGUUGGGGCUGAGCUCUCCAGAAGGACUCAACCUCUUUGUACAAGUAGAAGAUAAGGUGAUCAGCAUCCCAGAAGGAGAUUUCUUUUUCGAUUAUGUGCGGCAUGUGUGUGACUGGGUGAGGAAGGAAAGGUGUACUCCGGAAGGACUGGCUGCGUCAGUGACAUACAAGGUGCUCUUCCUGAGGAAGCUGUGGCUGAAUGUGGUCCCUGGGCGGGACCUCAAAGCUGACAUCAUCCUUCACUUCCCACAGGAACUUCCAAAGUACUUGCGGGGUUAUCACCAAUGCACCAAAGAAGAUGCCAUCCAGAUCGCUGCAUUCCUUUACAAAGUGAAGUUCGACAUUGACAAAUCCCAGUUCCCCAACAUUCCCAAACUACUGAAGGAACUGGUUCCUCAGGAUAUGCUUCGGAUAAUGUCAUCUGAGGAAUGGAAAAAGGCAGUCGUGGCCAUGUUCAACAAGCAUGCAGGCAAGACGAGGGAUGAAGCGAAGCUCAGCUUCCUUAAAAUACUGCACCGUCUGGCAACCUUUGGCUCGACCUUUUUUGAAGUGAAGCAAAUAUCUGAUCCCAAGAUUCCAGAUAUAGUGCGGAUAGCCAUCAACAGGCACGGGGUGACGGUGAUAAACCCACGGACAAAGGAACCUUUGGCGACUCAUCCCUUCAACAAAAUCUCCAACUGGUCUAGUGGCAGCACGUACUUUCACAUGUCGGUUGGCAGCAUGACGAGAGGAGAGAAGAUCCUGUGUGAGACCUCAUUGGGUUACAAGAUGGACGACUUGCUGACAUCAUAUGUGAGUGCCUAUUUAACAGUAGCAAGGCAAAAAACGGCCUGAUGGAAUCAAGGAUAAAGAAAGAACUCCAUCAACAAUACCUUAAGAUUUACUUAACCGCCCGGCCCUCUCUCCCUUUUUUGAUUUUUCCUCAUCCCUUUCCCUCAUCCCUCUCCCCAAUACCUCUCCCCCUCCCCCUCUCCCCCACUUUCUUUCCCUCUUUUUCCAUCUCCCACUCUCUUCCUUGCUUAUGCUGUCUCUCCCGCUGUCUUCUUCCUCCUUUUCUCUCCCUCCCUCUCCCUCCUUCCCUCCCUCUCCCUCCUUCCCUCCCUCUCCCUCCUUUCCUCCUUCUCCCUCCUUUCGUCCCUCCUUCUCUGUCCUCCUAAAUGCAUACCACACACUCUCCCCUUCCUUUUGUGGGAAACACUUCACAGCUGCAAGUUCUGCUCAUACAGCUGUUUGUGACUGGAGCUGGACAAUGUGAUGCACGGUGCCUUGUUAACUGGUGAUAUCAUUCAGCCCAAUCAAAGAGACACAUCAAGAACACCUUUAAACCACUGAAUGGGUGUGAUGGCCACACCCUCUGCUUCUAUCUCCAACAACUGAUUGAUGACAGACCCAUUGUUUAAUUUGGGUCUACGUAUUACAGGAGUGUGAACCCACAUCUGUAAACAUGGAUGGAGAAUUUCCUGUGACAUCACAGAUGAUAAUCAGGGAAAGGUGGUGGCCUGCACCUUCUGCAGAGUACAACAUCCCACACACAUCAGGCUGGUUAAUAUGAAAGGUCUCAUUUGGAAUCCUCAGCUGUCCAUUUCUCUGCACAGGUGCUCCUCCAGCAGAGUGUUCGAUGCUUCAGGCUGAUUCCCUGUUUACAGUUUUCAUUGGUGUCACUGGACAAAAAGCCUUUGCAUCAGUGGUGUCACCACGGAGGGUUCUUACCUCCCUGCCCCUCUCUGCCUCUCCACCUUUCCCACAGAAUGCCAUGUUCUGGUUACACUCCAUUCACCUGUAGGUCAGAGGAUUCAUCUCUGACCUCUUUGGACAUCAACAUCUUCAAAGAGAAAAUGUUCAUAAAUGUAAAUACUUGCAUGCAGACUAUCUGCAGAGGUUUCUUUAAACUUCUGUGCUUCUCUGGAGAUCCUGGCAGGUGUGUCCAGCACUGUUUCAAUCUGCAACAGUCACUUUAUGCUGAGAGAGCCAUGACUGAUGGAGGUAGCAUCGAGCAGUAUUCUUGCGCCUUUCCCUGUGCAAGAGGACCCUCCUCUGUGCAGAAGCAUCAACAGUCGCCAAUUUCCACAGCACAAUCUUUCUGUUGUAAAUUUUAAUGUGGCAGUGCAUCAGUCCAAAUUCCAGCUUCCUCUUGUUGGAGAGCUUGGUCCACUUGCCCUCUGUUAGCUCCAGACACCUCCACCCUACACUAAAAGGCUCAGUGAGCCUCUGCCUUUCCAAUGGGUGAAGGUCCAACUGACCAUGCAUCUGCAUGAGGGUGUCUGGCUGAAGCUGGGAUGUGUCUGGGUGAAUGAGAUCCUGCGGUGGGAUGACCUUGGUGACUGUAAUCCGGAGAUAUCUGGAAGGUUUUUCUGCAAACAACAUCUGGGAGGGUGCGUCUGGUUCCAGGGGUGUGGUAGUCUGGGCAGUGUGUCUAGGUUUGCGGGAGACCGUCUGGGCAGUGUUUCUGGGUCUGUGCAUGACUAUGAGUGUAUGUAUGAGCACUGUAAGUCAGUGUUGUUGGGUGUGGUUGAUGUCGACAGUGUUGUAUCAUGUGAUGGGUGAUCUGGGUGGAGUGAGGUUUGGAGUGUUAUGGGUGAUGUGUGGGAUGAUGUAACGUUGGUGAUGAUAGUCUUUGCAUUGUGUUCUGGAUGGGGAUGUUCCAUUGACCUUUACCUGGGGGGUUGAAUGAUUUCCUUAUGGGAAAUAUAUGUGACUGCACCAAUCUACACAACUUCUAAAGAAGCCAUGGAUAUUCUCCAUAACUGCCUCUGUAAAAAUUAACCAGUAUGAUUACUCACAACCAGCAUUACAUUUCAAAAGGACUUUAUUGGUUUUAAAGCACAGUGGGACCUUGUUAAAGGCGCAGUGAAAAUGCGUGCACUUUCUUUAAUUAUGCAUGUUUAUUUAGUCACUGAAAUAAAUUUUAAGAUGACAAUUGGUGUUCAUGCAAAGUUUGUGAUGCAAUAAAGCUCUCAGAAUGAGAAUUAAUCAGAUCAAACUGGAUGCAAACAUAUCUGAAAGACAGGGACAAAUGUUUGCUCAGAUGGUUUAGUUGUAGAUCCACUUCUCUGUCCAAAACCUCACCUGCUACUUGUGUGUGGUUCUGGAGUGUGCUACACUACACACCAGUGGUAUUAGUCUCUGAAAUAUGCAGAUCAGAACUCCUGGCAUGUUGAGAUGGAAGUGUCAUGGGCCUGGGGAUAGGAAGCUCUGACACUCUGUGAAGACUGCAAUUGGAGAUGCUGGGUGUGAAAUAACAAUGCGAUUAACGACAUUGAGUGAAAUUAUGGUCAGGGCUUGGCCAAUGUAAAGAUGAAAUCACCUUGGGUCAAAUUAGCUUGAUUAUCUUGGGUGUUUUGAAGAAAGUUUGGAUAUCAAGGUGACUGUGAACACCCCAGGACCACUAAUGGAAACUGUCUACUUUCAGGGCGUUCCUGGGAGAUUCAAUAGAAUGGCUCUACACCCUCCCAUUUCCUAAGGAUAAAGGUUAGGGUAGAAGCUAGGAGGCUGUUUACUCUGCUCAAUAGUGCAUCUGUUGAAAAUAUUCUGGGAAAUGUCCAAGCUUUGAUUAAUGCACCCAGUAUAAUUAAUCAUCCUUGACUGGAGAUAAUUGGGAGAAUCUAGGAUAGGUCCCAGUGAUAAGGCUUGGCUAUUUAGGAUUGCGAAGGAGUAAUUUUUUUUACUGAGAGUUGUGCAUUUUGAGUAUUUUUUACUCUGGCGAGCUGUGGAGGCCGAGUCACUUGGCACCUUUAUUGUUCAUUCAAUUUUGCCACAAAGGAAAUUUUGGGGAUGAUUAAGAGGAAAAUCAGAAGCAAUGUAGAAAAUGGUCCUGACCUCAAUGAAUGUAGAAUUAGGCUUGAGAGAUAGAAAUUGCUUUGAAAAAAUUCUAAGAGGUAAGUGUGUCGCUAGGCUGGGUAAGAGUGUGAUGGAUGAAGUAUCGAGGUCUGUGAUUCAUGCACCGACACUCACAUCCCAGUUCUCUGGGCCCAGGCAACGCAAACAACCUGUUACCUAAAUCGGUAUCAACAACCAUUGUACAAAAGCCUUCACUGAGCUGAGCAAGCAAAACUAUGAGCAAUUUACAACACAGGCUUUAUGCAGCUGUCAACCAUAAUCAGUAUAUCUGCUUUCUAAGCCGCUAAAUCCAGCUUCAGCAUGGGCACCUUACAUGAUGACACUGGAGACACUUGAAGUUCUGGGACUUCCUUCCUCCCUCUGAAAGUGAGUCUUUGUUGUUUUGGGAAGGGAGCCACAUUUCACUUUUCAGAUCUUGACUAAGUUUCAACCUCUUAAACUUCUGUGCUUUGAUGAGCACAGUUCGUCACUGGGCAUGGAUAAUGUUUCAUUCCCUUUACACUACCAGCAUGUUUUUCCCUUGGCCCAGUUUUCUGUAAUUUCUUUCUGUUGUGAAAGACCUCAUGUACAGACCAUGAGGUUUUGAACACCACAGUUAUGCCUAAUCUGCGCCACAGGUAAAUUCCAGAUAAUGCAAGUUUUCUCAAAGUGAAUUAGGGACAUUGAGGUUUCUUGUAGUAACACAUCUGUGCUCAGCUGCUUCAACACGUGAGCUAUCAGAGGAGUAACUGAAAAUGUAAAAACAAUGCAGAUCUGGAAAUACAAAAUAAAAAUAGAAAAUGUUGUAAAUACUCAGAAUCUUGAGUUCUGAAGAAGGAAUGUUGGUUUUAAAGGGAUGACUGAUUUUCUCUCCCCUGAUGCUGUCAGAUCUGCCAUUUUUGUUUCUCUAUCAGAGAUAUGUUGGCGUUCCAUUUGAGUUAGAGAAUAGAAGAAUUGGUACUCUAAAGAAUCACAGGUCGAGAUCAGAAGUUUGAGGACAUACUAGUCAGGAAACACUGAAUAAGUUGUGAGUGAGAGCUGGUGUAACAGAGAUCUGAAAGUUUCGUUCAGUAAUGUAGAGAAGUGGUAGUCAUUAUGAAGCUAAAUCACAUUAAAUAUGAUAGCUGGCAAGGAGAUGCUGAUGAUAGGGCACAAUCAACAGGAUGAGUUGCAAUGUAAAAUAUGGACAAAAACCGAAAAGGGUGAAUAAAGGACAGAAGGUGUUGUAUUUGAAUGCACAUAGUGUAUGGAAUAAGGUAGAUGAACUUGCAGCACAGUUACAGAUUGGCAUGUAUGAUGUGGGCGUCACUGAAUCAUGGCUGAAAGAAGCCUAUAGCAGGGAGCUAAUAUUCAAAGAUACACAUUGUAUUGAAAAGACUGGGCAGCAUGGCUCUGCUGGUAAAAAAAAUAAAUCAAAUCCUUAGAAAGAGGUGAUAUAGGUUCGGAAGGUGUUAACUCAUUGUGAGUAGAGCUAAAGAACUGAAAAGGUAAAAAGACCCUAAUGGGAGUUAUAUGACCCCCAAACGGUAAUAAAGAUGUGGUCUACAAAUUAGAAUGGGAGAUAGAAAGUGCAUGUCAAAAGGACAUUGUUACAAUAGUCUUGGGAGAUUUCAAUAUGCAGGUAGAUUGGGAAAAUCAGGUUGGUGCUGGAUCCCAACUGAGGGGAUUCGUAGAAUGUCUCUGAGAUGGCGUUUUAGAGCAGCUUGUGGUUGAGCCCACUAGAGAAUUAGCUAUUCUGGACUGGGCGUUGUGCAAUGAAUUAGAAUUGAUUAGAGAGCUUAAGGUAAAGGAACCCUUAGGUUCACCCUGCAAUUUGAGAAGGAGAAGAUAUCAGAUGUAUCAGUAUUGCAGUGGAGUAAAGGUAAUUACACAGGCAAGAGAGGAGCUAGCCAAAACUAUUGGAAAAGAACACUAACAGGGAUGACAGCAGAGCAGCAAUGAUUGGAAUUCAGAAGAUGCAGAAUAUAUACAUCCCAAGGAGGAAGAAUUAUUCUAAAGACAAGGUAACACAGCUGUGGCUGACAAGAGAAGUCAAAGCCAAGAUAAAAGUAAAAGAGAGAGCAUAUAAUAGAGCAAAAAUUAGUGGGAAGUUGGAGGAUUAGGAAACUUUUUAAAACCAACAGAUGGCAACAAAAAAAGUCAUUAAGAGGAAAAAGAUGGAAUACAUAAAUAACCUCUUUAAUAAAUAUCUUUUUUAUUAGCCAAUAAAAAUAAAGAUGACACUAAAAGUUUCUUCAAAUACAUAAAGUGUAAAAGAGAGGCAAGAGUAGAUAUUGGACCACAGGAAAAUUAGUAAUGGGAGACUAGGAAAUGGUGGACAAACUGAAUAAGUAUUUUGCAUCAGUCUUCACCAUGGAAGAGACUAGCACUAUGCUGGAAAUUUGAGUAUCGGGGGCAGAAGUGUGUGAAGUUGCCAUUACUGUGGAGAAGAUUCUUGGAAAAAUGAAAGGUCUGAAGGUCGAUAAAGUCACUUAGACUGGAUGGUAUACACCCCAGGGUUCUGAAAAAGGUGGCUGAAGUGAUUGUGGAGGCAUUAAUAAUGAUCUUUCAAAAAUCAAUCGGUUCUGGCAUGGUUCUGGAGGAAUCAAAAAUUGUAAAUGUCGCUCCACUCUUCAAGAAGGGGGAGAGGCAGAAGUAAGGAAUUUUAUAGGCCAGUAAGUCAGCGGUUGGGAAGAUGUUGGGGUUGAUUGUUAAGGGUGUGGUUUCAGGGUACUUGGAGGCAAAUGAUAAAAUAGGCCAAAGUCAGCAUGGCCUCCUUAAGCAAAAAUCUUGCCUGACAAAUCUGUUGGAAUUCUUUGAAGAAAUAACAAGUAGGAUCAACAAAGGAGAAUCAGUUGAUGUUGUGUACUUGGAUUUUCAGAAGGCCUUUGACAAGGUGACACACAUGAGGCUGCUCAACAAGCCACGGACCCAUGGUAUUACAGGAAAGAUAGUAGCAUGGAUAGAGAAUUGGAUGAUUGGCAGGAAUCAAAGAGUGGGAAUAAAGGGGGCCUUUUCUGGCUGGCUGCCAGUGACUAGUGGUGUUCUCCGUGGUCAGUGUUGGGACCAAUUCUUUUUACAUUAUAUGUCAAUGAUUUGGAUGAUGAAUUUGAAUGGUUUGUGGCCAGGUUUGCAAGCGAUACAAAGACAGGUGGAGGGGCAGGUAGUUUUGAGGAAGUAGAGAGGCUACAGAGGGAGUUAGACAGAUUAGGAGAACGGGCAAAAAAGUGGCAGAUACAAUGCACUGUCAGGAAGUGUAUGGUCAUGUACUUUCGUAGAAGAAAUAAAAAUAUCAGCUGUGCAAAGGAACUUGGGAGUCCUCGUGUAGGAUUCCCUGAAGGUUAAUUUGCAGAUUGAAUUGGUGGUGAGGAAGGCAAUUGCAAUAUUAGUAUUCAUUUCAAGAGGACUAGAAUAUAAAAGCAAGGAUGUAAUGUUGAGGCUUUAUAAAGCACUGGUGAGGCCUCACCUGGAGAAUUGUGAGCAGUUUUGGGCCCUUCCUCUAAUAAAGAAUGUGCUGACAUCGGAGAGGGUUCAAAUGAGGUUUAUGAAAAUGAUUCCUGGAUUGAAAGGCUUGUCAUAUGAACGUUUGAUGCUCUGGGCCUCUACUCACUGGAAUUCAGAAGAAUGAGGGGCGACCUGAUUGAAACCUAUGUGAUACCAAAAGGCCUCGAUAGAGUGGAUGUGGAAAGGAUGUUUCCUAUGGUGGGGGAGUGUAAGACCAGAGGACACAGCCUCAGAAUAGAGGGCAUCCUUUUAAAAUGGAGAUGAGGAGAAAUUUCUUAAGCCAGAGAGUGGCAAAUCUGUGAAACAUGUUGCCACCACACAGGUGGCUGUAGAGGCCAAGUCAUUGGGUAUAUUUAAGGCAGAGGUGGAUAGGUUCUUGAUUAGUCAAGGCACGAAGGGAUAUGGGUAGAAGGCAGGAGACUGGGGCUGAGAGGGAAAAUGAAUCAGCCGUGAUGAAAUGAUGGUGCAAACUUGAUGGGCCAAAUUCUGCUCCUAUAUGUUAUGGUCAAACAGGAGUUCAGAAGAAGCUUGUUUACCUCACUUGCUUGCUUGCUUGGAGGGAUACUUGAGAAUCGGGCAAAGUAGAACAUAGGAGGGAGAAUGGAAAGCAGGUGGGACUGACUGUGUGAGAUGAACAAGGCUGGUAGAAGGUGAAUGUGGAGUAGAGAGUCUAGCACAGGACCGGAAAUCCAGCAGUCUGCUCUGUAACUUAGCUAUGUGUAAACAUCCGUUGAACACAGUCAAUCAACAGCUUGAAAUGCACCAACAGUGAGAAUCCAUGUUACAGCAUCCUCUUAGUCAAAUAUCUCACAACUCCAGGGUUAGACCUGGAGUGAUUAACAAGGUGCAACUCUUGACAGGACCGUCUGCGUUUUGGAUUUCCUUUCAGGAAGGUUACACUUGUUCAAAAGGAGGUUCAGUGCAAGUUCUUUCUGGGGAAGAGAAUGCAGUAUUACAAAGAGAGCAAAGAAUGAGAGCAAACCUCAUUGGGACAGAUUAAACAUUUGGAACUGAUUUAGAAAGUAGUCUUGAAUGUAAUUGAAGAUGGAGCAGUGAAAUGGCCCCCACACCUCAUGUUCCUACAAUAGCGGAGGGUAGAAAAUUCGGGUGGAGAACUUUCUGUGUCACUGAGACACAGUGUUUGCAUCCCACACUUCCCAUCCCUGGACAUAAACCCUCUCCCACCCCCCGACACUGAACUGAGCCGCACAACCCAGGAAGAUUCCUGGUCCAACCCUGUCCAUCCAGCUGACUGGGCUAGGGGCAUAGAGUGAGCAUAUGAUUGUGCUUGGGGCCUGUGAAGUAGGUCUGGAAACCCAGGCUUCCAUUUAUGAUCCCUGUCCAGCACCCACUCCCAGUCCAUGGGCAUCGGGUGAGGAAUGGUGGGCUCUUGCAAUGUGAUGCCUGACAUCCAUGAGGUCUCCUGCUUGGAUUCAUGUGAUCUUGGGCAGCAGGUAGUACCAAAGUGACCAGGGAGGGUGGGACUGGUAUUGUGUUCUUUCUGUCUCUCUGGUCAUUGUUUGGUGUCCUGGGAGAUGGAGAAUGAGUCAGCUAUCAAUUAAUUUCUGCUGUCACUAGGCAUCAUGAACCAUAGGCAUCAGCCGCAGGAGCUUCAGUAACUUAAUCAUUUUCCAUUGUUUUCCCAUGAUUACAUUGGAUGAGACUGCAGCAUUCUUUAGAAUGUUACAGGGUGAGAGCAGAGUGUGAUGAUAGUGAAGCACUCAGUAGAUCAGGCAGCAUCUGUGGAUGGGGGCAGUCAGAUCUGACAAGGGCUCUCAGGCCUGAAACAUGACCGUUUCUCUCUCCACAGAUGCUGCCUGACCUGGUGAGUGUUGACAGCUGUUUUUGUUUCAGAUUUCUAGCACUUGCAGUUUUGUUGGGCUCCAUGCACCAAAUCAUGAAUCACUGCCCAGCACCUAGUGAGAGUCUGCUUCAUGAAUCCAUCCCAUUGUGGGGAGGGGAGUAAGGUUGAGCACAGUCUCCGAUUCUGCUCCAACAACCCUUUACUUUCACCUCUCCAGCUGGCCGGUGAGUCUGUUUUGAUUUGAAACUCUAUACAGUAACACGGAGUCUGAGAAGGAGCCAAGUGCUUUAACCUGAUAGUGUCCAGACAGCUGUUUUGUCUGUUUAAUUGAGCAUUGUUCAGAGUUAUGGCCAGCUGAACCAGGGGCGUCAGUGUUAAUGUUGGGUGAUGAUAAUUGCUUACAUUACUUGCAUUAAAUCUGCCAUUUCAGGCUUGGGAGACCUCUCACCCAUAAGCCACAUCUGUGGUUUCUGAAUAACUUCUGUUGGAGAACACCAGCCCUUCACACUACCAUCUUUUUGGGGUUUCGUUCUGGUCAGUCACGUUUUCUUCAUCAAGGUGGAAGAAUUAAUAGAUUCAACUCGGCAACAGCUCUCCAGGCUUAAGCAAACGCUGAGUAAAUCUUGCAAGGUUUACUGUGCAGAAUCUUACCCAGUUCUUUCAAUCACAGGUUGGUGACAAGAUGAAGGUGUGUUACUCACUCCAGAGUAACUAAAAGACAAAGAUUCAGCUUUGUGUCUGUUGGUCCAUCAGACCAUGGGUUCAGCUCUGAAAAAGUAACUUAAGUGAGGGGUAGUGUAGAAAGCACAGUGCUAAUACCCCCUGAACAGCCCCUGGCUCAACCCACACUCAAAACUGUCACAGCUCCUUUUCUCACACAAACAUGAUCAGGGCCACUCUUACAGCACGUUAAGAUGAGAUAUAAAUUUGUAAGGAGUUUUUAUUUUCUUUCAUGGGUUUCCUCCAGAAGCUCUAGUUUCCAAAGAUGUACAAAUAUUAGGGUCAGUUAGCUAUGGGCAUGCUAUGUUGGCGCCAGAAGCAUGGGGGCAUUUGUGGGCUGUCACCAACACAUCUUCAGCCUGUGUUGGUCCUUAACACAAAUGAUGCAUUUCACUCUAUGUUUCGUUGCAUCAUACAUGUGACAAAUAAAUCUAAUCUAAAUUCUUAUUGGUGGGAAGAUGGGGUUAUUAUUGGAGAGGGUGAGUUAUUGUUUACGGAAGGGUUGUUGGAGGAGUGGAUUAUUGUCUGGGAAAGGAUUAUUUCUGGAGGAGUCAGUUAUUGUCGGGGAAAGAGUUAUUGUUGGAGGGGAGUGGCGUACUGGUCAGAGAAGGAGAUUGUUUCUGGAGAGGAGUGGGGUACUGGUCAGAGAAGGAGAUUGUUUCUGGAGGGGAGUGGGGUACUGGUCAGAGAAGGAGAUUGUUUCUGGAGAGGAGUGGGGUACUGGUCAGAGAAGGAGAUUAUUUCUGGGGGGGAGUGGGGUACUGGUCAGAGAAGGAGAUUGUUUCUGGAGAGGAGUGGGGUACUGGUCAGAGAAGGGGAUUGUUUCUGGAGUGGGUGGGUAUUGGUUGAGGGAAGGGGAUUGUUUCUGGAGUGGGUGGGUAUUGGUUGAGGGAAGGGGAUUGUUUCUGGAGUGGGUGGGUAUUGGUUGGGGAAGGGGAUUGUUUCUGGAGUGGGUGGGUAUUGGUUGGGGAAGGGGAUUGUUUCUGGAGUGGGUGGGUAUUGGUUGAGGGAAUGGGAUUGUUUCUGGAGUGGGUGGGUAUUGGUUGGGGAAGGAGAUUGUUUCUGGAGUGGGUGGGUAUUAUUUGAAGGAAGGGGAUUGUUUCUGGAGUGGGUAGGUAUUGUUGAGGGAAGGGGAUUGUUUCUGGAGUGGGUUGGAACUGUUUGAGGGAAGGGGAUUGUUUCUGGGGUGGGUGGGUAUUGGUUGGGGAAGGGGAUUGUUUCUGGAGUGGGUGGUUAUUGGUUGGGGGAAGGGUUUUGUUUCUGGAGUGGGUGGGUAUUGGUUGAGGGAAGGGGAUUGUUUCUGGAGUGGGUGGGUAUUGGUUGAGGGAAGGGGAUUGUUUCUGGAGUCGGUGGGUAUUGGUUGAGGGAAGGGGAUUGUUUCUGGAGUGGGUGGGUAUUGGUUGGGGAAGGGAUUUGUUUCUGGAGUGGGUGGGUAUUGGUUGAGAGAAGGGGAUUGUUUCUAGAGUGGGUGGGUAUUGGUUGGGGAAGGGGAUUGUUUCUGGAGUGGGUGGGUAUUGGUUGGGGAAGGGGAUUGUUUCUGGAGUGGGUGGGUAUUGUUUGAAGGAAGGGGAUUUUUUCUGGAGUGGGUAGGUAUUGUUGAGGGAAGGGGAUUGUUUCUAGAGUGGGUGGGUAUUGGUUGGGGAAGGGGAUUGUUUCUGGAGUGGGUGGUUAUUGGUUGGGGGAAGGGUUUUGUUUCUGGAGUGGGUGGGUAUUGGUUGAGGGAAGGGGAUUGUUUCUGGAGUGGGUAGGUAUUGGUUGAGGCAAGGGGAUUGUUUCUGGAGUGGGUGGGUAUUGUUUGAAGGAAGGGGACUGUUUCUGGAGUGGGUGGGUAUUGUUUGAAGGAGGGGGAUUGUUUCUGGAGUGGGUAGGUAUUGUUGAGGGAAGGGGAUUGUUUCUGGAGUGGGUGGGAACUGUUUGAGGGAAGGGGAUUGUUUCUUGAGUGGGUGGGUAUUUGUUGGGGGCAGGGGAUUGUUUUUUUAGCGGUGUAGGUUAUUGUUCAGGGAAGGAGAUUGUUUCUGAAGUGGGUAGGUAUUGGUUGGGGAAGGGUUAUUGGUUGGGAGAAGGGGAUUGUUUCUGUAGGGGGUAGGUUAUUGGUUGGGGGAAUAUUAUUGUUGGAGGAGGUGGGUUAUUGUCGGGGAAAGGGUUAUUGCUGGAGGGAGAGAAGUAUUGGCCAGAUAUUGGACUUAAAUGAAUGCAACAAUUGAAUCAGAUGUCCCGUGAUUGUCCCUGUACAAACUGUUACUUUGUACUCAGCAGACAGAGACCGAGGUUUUCCUGCUCCGGGUCUACCAGAGUUGCUGCUGUUAGAACAUAUCUGCUCCAAAUACCGUGCCUGCUCCCUGGGCUCCCUCAGUGCUAUGAAUCACAGUGUUGUUCUAGCAGCACACAUCAAAGUUACUGGUGAACGCAGCAGGCCAGGCAGCAUCUGUAGGAAGAGGUGCAGUCGACGUUUCAGGCCAAGACCUGACGAAGGGUCUCGGCCUGAAA